ACUCCAUCCGCAACAUUUCUCGCCCCCAGAUUUCGAACCGUUACGUCGAUCGUCCUGUCAUGUUCUGGACGUCGUGAAAUUCUCAUUAUCCUCUUUUGUCUACCCCAAACGUUGGACCAUUUCUACUUUGAUACCCGCAUCUUGCCCUGUAUUUUUAUUACUUCCUUAACCCCUCCGAUACCCCUCCAUCAUGGGUUCCGGAUCGCCUCCUCGCCCAGGCCCCAAGCCCAAAUCGGCUAUCCCGUCUCGUUUGCUGAAUGGGGGAUCGGCUCUGAAUCCGUCGAUGAAUUCUCGUGAUGCUCGCGAGCGCGAGUCUCUCAAUUCCUCGAUUCGUUCUUCUUUUGCGCCGAAGAUUCCCGUCGAGUUCGAGGGAGCCGAAUCGAUUCGUUCUUCUUUUGCGCCGAAGAUUCCCGUCGAGUUCGAGGGAGCCGAACCGCACCCGGCGGUCGAGCAGACAAACCAUGUCGAGGAAGUGGCGGAGAAUGCAGGUGCUGUGCAACCUCCCGCCGCAACUGAACAAGCCCGCGAGCCUAGAGAGGAGGGGCGCGACGUGACACCAUCGGCAGCCGUCAGCCGCUCAUUAAGCCCCUACACCUUGUUCCCUCCUAUCGAUUUCGAUGGUCUGAGCUGGCCGUGCCCCGGAACGAGAGCGCGCCUGGAGUCGUCGCCGGAAGAGUUUGAUAAUCGUGUUCAGAAGUUGGCCGGAGCCGUCAGAACUAUCCUGGAGUGCGUUGGUGAGGAUCCCGAAAGAGAGGGACUGCGGGAGACACCCGAGAGAUAUGCCAAGGCUAUGCUUUACUUCACCAAAGGUUACGAGGAGAAUGUCCGUGACCUUGUUAAUGGGGCUGUUUUCCACGAGGACCAUGACGAGCUUGUCAUCGUGAAGGACAUUGAAGUAUUCUCUCUCUGCGAGCACCAUAUGGUUCCUUUCACGGGAAAGAUGCAUAUCGGGUAUAUUCCUGACCGACGGGUUCUGGGUCUCUCCAAAUUGGCCCGUCUGGCGGAGAUGUUCUCCAGGAGACUCCAAGUGCAGGAGCGCUUGACGAAACAAGUUGCCCUUGCCAUUUCCGACGUAUUGAAGCCGCUCGGUGUUGGUGUUGUGAUGGAGUCCUCGCAUCUCUGCAUGGUGAUGCGUGGUGUGCAAAAGACCAGCAGCACUACCACUACUAGCUGUAUGCUUGGGUGCAUGCGCUCUAGCGCAAAGACUAGAGAAGAGUUCUUGACCCUUCUCCACCGAAGAUAAUGGCUAAGCCUAUUCAACUUAUGAUGUGUGAUGCAUACAUUUCGUCCCCUAUUUUAUGGUGGAACAUAUGAUAUGAUGGAGUUACGGUGGUUACCUUUCAACAGGUUCUGACGUUUGAUGUUUUGGAUUUACCCUGGCCAUGUGAGCGGCUGCUCUGUUAUUUUCUAUUCUUGUUUUCUAUUUUUUUUCCUUCCCCUUUUCUUUGUUGAGUGCAGACUCAACCUGUAUAGAUUCGAUGACUCAUAUGGCCCUCCCUGCUUUUCAUACCCGUCAUGCAGACACAGCUUGUGUUCAAUGAUUUAUGUUGAAAAUUUGCAAGAUAUGGAUAGAUGUGGCAAAUAUCCAACAGAGGGAUUCUGCAGGGGAAAUGUCGUUGCGGGCUCCAGUUUUUGGACUUGCCUGGUUGUGGUGGACGACUUGGAUUUAUAUACUGCACUUGCAUACCCUCUGGUGACAUUUUCAACACUCACUUUUCUUUCUUUACCUUGGACUCUGGUUCUACUUCAGAUAUCCAUCGACAUCACUUCCAAUCCUAGUGGAUUCUUGUGAAGGAUACUCAACAUCACUUACCAUACUCGUGUAUACUUUCAACUAAUAUAUGCAUAUUCCG